CCCGGAUCGGAAGUUACGGCAUUUUGAUCGGAAGCAAGAACGGGAGCUCGCUGGCUGUGGAGAAUUUAAGUUAAAUUCUACUCAAAUCCUGCUACCAAGUGGUCCAUAACUUUUUCUUCUAUUCAACCACUUUGAUUUCGAACUCCGAUAGCAGAUGAUCAGAAAUCUGUUGGAGUAGCGUCAACAGCUAUGGCGACGGAGGAAGACAAUCAGGUGGUGAACCCUUGGGAGGUAUCGGCGAAGGAUGGGGGAAAAAUAGAUUACGAAAAGCUGAUUGAAAAGUUUGGAUGCCAGCGGCUUGAUCAAUCCCUUGUCAACCGUGUCGAGCGCCUCACUUCGCGCCCUGCUCACGUAUUUCUCCGUCGUGGUGUUUUCUUCGCCCACAGGGAUUUGAAUGAAAUUCUUGAUGUCUACGAGAGGGGGGAGAAGUUUUAUCUUUAUACGGGGAGGGGACCUUCAUCAGAGGCUCUGCACCUGGGCCAUUUGGUGCCCUUCAUGUUCACCAAAUAUUUGCAGGAUGCAUUCAAGGUUCCGCUAGUGAUUCAACUAACUGAUGAUGAAAAGUGCAUGUGGAAGAAUUUGUCAGUGGAAGAGUCUCGAAGACUUGCUCGUGAGAAUGCGAAGGAUAUCAUUGCUUGUGGCUUUGAUAUUUCAAGAACAUUCAUAUUUUCAGAUUUUGAUUAUGUUGGUGGUGCCUUUUACCAAAACAUGGUCAGAGUUGCAAAAUGUGUAACUUUCAAUAAGGUUGUGGGAAUCUUUGGCUUCACUCAUGAAGAUCAUAUUGGAAAAAUCAGCUUUCCGCCUGUUCAGGCUGUUCCAUCAUUCCCAAGCUCUUUUCCACAUCUUUUUGCUGGCUAUGACAAUCUACGUUGCUUGAUACCUUGUGCCAUUGAUCAGGACCCCUACUUCAGAAUGACUAGAGAUGUUGCUCCAAGGAUAGGAUAUCAGAAGCCCGCUUUAAUCGAGUCAUCAUUUUUUCCAGCCCUUCAGGGGGAGACAGGAAAGAUGUCUGCUAGUGAUCCUAAUUCUGCAAUUUAUGUGACAGACACGCCCAAAGUCAUUAAAAACAAGGUGAAUCGUUAUGCAUUCUCCGGCGGACAAGAUUCUAUAGAGAACCAUAGGAAGUAUGGCGCGAAUCUGGAGGUGGACAUUCCAGUCAAGUACCUUAGUUUCUUUCUUGAAGACGAUGAGGAGCUUGAGCACAUAAAGAAGGAAUAUGGUGCAGGCCGGUUGUUGACCGGUGAGGUAAAGAAGCGUCUUAUUGAAGUUCUUUCAGCGAUAGUUGAGAGACAUCAGAAGGCUCGUGCUUCAGUGACCGAUGAGAUGGUGGAUGCAUUCAUGGCUGUGAGGCCUCUUCCCCACAUGUUCAGCUAAGAACGUUCCACUUUAAAUUUUCCCUUGCUCAAUUUGCAGUGUGGAAUAAGGGAGCAGAUGUUCAAUAAUUUUGAAGGCCUUUUUUAUUUGAAUUUUAUGUAUCACAGUUUAUUUCCAGUGGAAAUAUUCAAUUUUAUUUUUGUUGUUGUUGUUGUAAGGAUUUACUAAGAGUAAUUUAUACUGUAUUUUUUUUUUUUCUGGAAACCAGUUGAAUAAUUUGAUGUCAUUUAUUUGAUGGGUUACUCAUUGGAGAGAA